AUGUGGUCUACUAAGUCGGUAGUCGCUCUCGUUUGCGUAUUCGUCGUAAGCACCAUUGCUGCCUACCACGACGACACCGGCGAAACACCAUUGGACACCUGCGGGCCAUGCGACGAGACAAAGUGCCCUCCGGUCACUAUGUGUCCCAUGGGAGAGGUGAAAGACUAUUGUGGUUGCUGCUCGGUUUGCGGUCUGGAACAAGGCCACCGAUGCAACACCAGGCAGGAGCUUCAGGACAUGCUCUCGGGUAAGCGGCGCCACGGCUACUACGGUGCUUGCGGCAAAAACCUCCUCUGUCAGCCCCGCACUGACGUGGAUGAACACUCACUUGGGGAGGAGAACAUAUGUGUUUGUACUAAACCCGGUCGGUUCUGUGCCAGCAAUGGGGAGACCUACUCAGCUUGUGAGCUGGAGGCUGUGCAAGCAAAAUCUUUCGGUGAAGUCUUCCUCAUCUCUUACGACGAUUGCAAAUCAGAGCCCAAGAUCGUUGCCGCCUCAGAAUCACAGCGAAUUCCAGGGGGAAACAAGACAACAUUUUGGUGCGAAAUCAAAGGCUACCCUCUCCCUUCCGUCACUUGGUACUACUUUGCACCUGGUGGCUCCUACGAGGCAAUUCUCCUCCCAGGUGACUCUGAUGAGAUGAGCGUGAGUCUCCGUGGCGCUCCGCCAGGUCGACGCAUCAUCUCCCACCUGCAGAUAAGCUCCUUCGACAUCAAAUACGAGGGUGUCUAUCAGUGUUAUGUGGAGAACGACCUUGGCAGCGAUCGACGUAAUAUCACUGCCAUCUACGCUCCACCAGAGACCCUACCGCGGGACCUCUAA